UUGGCCUAUAACUCCCGUUGCCCCAUCCCAUCCGUGAGAAGCCCCGACUCGAAUCUCGUUGAAGCAUUUCGGGAUCUAUAGUCGUAUCGCCAUGUCUCUGCAACGCUCCGCGACGCGGAAGGCUCCCGCAGGACCUGCCAGACGGAAGAAGGACUACGAUAUCGUACAGCAGGGUGUCAAGGAGCUUUACCCGCUUGAUAAAUCUGAUGUCGAACCGGAAAUUGACAUCGUCUUCGUGCCCGGCCUCGGCGCACAUCCGGAAGACAGCUGGAAAUCGGAGAGCACCGGCUUUAACUGGACUACUGAUGGACUAGUUAGAGAUUUCCCGCGGGCUCGUAUCCUGUUGUAUAUGUACGAGUCAGCAUGGACUGGUUCCCUAAAGGUGAAGCAGUUCAUGAGCAAUAUUGCUAUGACAUUGCUUAAUGGGUUGAGGAGUAAGAGAGAGGGCGCUGUACAACGACGUCCAAUCGUAUUUAUUGGACAUAGUAUGGGAGGUCUGGUAGUUGCGAAAGCGAUAACCAUCGCAGACUCUCGAAGAGAUAAAUUUCCUGUCAUGUUUGAGGCUAUCGCGGCGGCCAUCUUCUUCGGUACACCUUUCAAUGGAGCGCCCGUUGCUUCUGUCGCCGCCAUGUACGCAUACCUCGCCGAGAAGGCCGGUACAGCGUCUACUUCCAAGCUCUUAGAUCUAAUGAAGCCUGGCGACGAGGGCCUCCGUGAGCUUAAGCAUGAAUUUAUGCGCCUCGUGGGAAAGCUAAGCCCCAAGAUCGACCUAUUAUGUUUCUAUGAGGAACAGCCGACCGAUUUUGGUAAGAUGGCUGGCUUGCCCGACCUCUUUGGCAUGAGUAAGCUCGUCAUCCCGAAAUCAUUUGCCGAUUUUGUGAGUCGCGACUCUGCGACGCUUCCAGGUGUCGAAGAACAAGGCCUCGCACGCAACCACCGAGACCUUGUCAAGUUUGAUGGCCCGAAAGAUGAUCAAUGGAACCAGUUUGUGAAAGAUCCUUUGAAGAGGAUAAUUCAUGGUGCUCAAUUGGCAGUCAAGAAUCGUCUAAAUUCUGUUCGCGAUAUCGAUCGGAAAAUGAUCAACAACAUCAUGGAAGCUUUAGAUGGCGCACAGGUGUCCAAGAAACGCAGGGCCCUAGCGCAAACAUUUGCGUCAUCCUCCUGGAUAACGAAGGAAGAAGAGUAUCAACAGUGGCUAUCCGAUGAGAUGAAGACGGGUGACGAGGCUAAUACGGCUCGCGCUGCUGAUUGCCUAUGGAUCCGAGGACCAGAGGGUCGAGGGAAAACCAGCGCGUCUUUGGCAACCGUUGAUGAGAUCGACAGGAUUAAGGAUAUGGAUUCAAACCAGGGGCCGGUCUUGCUUGCUUACUUCUUUUGCGAGUCGACCACAGAUUAUUGUACCGCCGAGGACGUUCUCAAGAGCAUCGUGACUCAAUUAAUCGACCAACAGGAGAUGCUCGCUUCUUAUGCCAAAUUAUUUGCUAAGAAGCGAGGCGAAGGGAACAAAGCGCAGGUGACUGUAGAGAACUUAUGGCAGACUAUUCAGGAUAUGCUCAUAGAUGAGUUCAUCGGCAGUAAGGUUAUAUUCGUACUCAAUAACCUGCACGUGCUUCCCGAAGAUUCAGAUUCUACUAUCAAGUUGAUGAAGUACUUGAACGCCGAGCUCCAAGGUACUAACAACACGGAUACGAAGCGGGUCCCAACAAGAUGGAUGAUCACCAGCAGAGAAGCCCACAACAUCGAGGAAGCACUCAAAAUUGAGGGCGUCCGUCUUGUUGAUCUUGAAGAUGAGAAGUACGGGAACCAGGUUCAGACGGCAUUACGAAAGCGGGCUAAAGAGCGAGUCACCACGCUCGAGAAGGAGAAGAACUAUAAUAAGGCGCUUGCGUAUUUUGCAAGCAGUCUCAUUGGGAAACGUGCACAAAAUACCCAGUGGAUUGAUAUCACAUGUGUUCAACUUCAAGAACUUCCAGAAGCCGAGAGCGAUCUCAAAGUGCGCCGAAUACUUGAAAGAAUGCCCCAGGAUCUAACGACGCUCCUGAACAAUUCAUGGCUUCAGAUAUUCAAAGCUAAUGAAGCCGAUGUUGAGAAGAUUAAGGAGAUGUUACGUGCCCUUGUUCUCACAUACGAAGACCCUACAGAGGAAGAGCUUGGUGUGCUUGCUGGGUUUUCCUCAAGCGAAAAGGAGAAAGCUGAACUCCGUAAGUUCGUGGAGAUGUGCAAGCCACUGCUAGCCAUCAAGCGAGCAAAUAAUACCGUUUCCUUCAUGAAUGUCGUGGUUAAAACACAUCUCCUAGAGAAUGCUAAGCAACUUCUCGGCAUGUCGGACGAGGAGAAGAAAUGGCAACAUGGUGUUCUUGCACUCAGGUCAUUCUCGCAUGUAAACGAGAGCUUCAAUUUUCCUAGUCAAGAGCAAACCCCUGAAAAUGGCGAAGAUGGUGGUUCGGUUGAGGAAGAUCAAGACGAAGAUGAAAAUGAGGAGGAAGAGGAAGAAGAAGAGGACUACGAUGACGAAGAAGACGAUGAUGAGUGUGAUAGCGAGAGUGAACCAGAUAGCCAGGAUGACAUGGACCCCGAGGCCGAUAUUCUUCGCGAUCUAGCCCUGCCAUAUACAGUCAAGUAUUGGCUACGCCAUGCUAGUAAAGCUACGCGUGAAAUUGCCGAGGACUUGAGUUUAGAAGAAGAUUUCUGGAAGUCCGAUUCAAAGAUACGACAUCGCUGGCUUGUAGAAUACUGGCGUAUGACUAGCACUUUCGACGGCUUUGACUACAAGACAUUCACAGGGUUACAUAUUGCUGCUUCCGUCGGAUUUAGAGAACUUGUUGCAGCUUUAAUUCGAAACGGCUACGAAGAUCAGAUUAAGAUCCGCGAUUCAUUGGUUAACUCUCCGUUGCACUUGGCGGCUUACUUCGGACGCCCUAAAAUCGUCGAGGAGCUCCUAAACAGAGGUGCCGUGAUUGAUGACGGAGACGAAAUCCAAGAACAGACACCUUUGCACAUGGCUGCUUUCGGAGGCCAUGUCGAAGUUAUGAAGAAGCUGCUCUUAAGAGGGGCGAAUGCUAAUGCAAUGUCUAACGAUAUUGGCCCGGUAGUAAAUGCGGCAAUAUCCUCAGGCAAUCGAGCAUGUGUUGAACUCCUUAUCGAACGCAAUGUCUCGUUAACAGUCGACCGCGCAGACAUCGACGCGCCUCUUGCACUAGCCGCAUUAUUAUCUGACUUCUCUAUGUUCGAGUAUCUAAUUGAAAGAUAUGCGGAUAAGUUGCCACCCGAAGAGUACAGCAAGGCAUUUGUCAAGGCCGCGGAGGCAGGUCGGCUUGAAGUUUUUAAUAGGAUGCUUGAGUACGAGCAUACCCAAGAAUACUUCCAGCUUGCUCUCGGUUCGGCCGUUGAUGAAGGGAAUUGGGACAUUGUUACUAUCAUUCUAGAAAAAUGCCAAGGGCUUGACGUUGACGGAGCCUUCUACCAAGCGGCCACGGGUACUGAGCAGCAAGACAAACUCCUUGACGUAUUCUGGAACUAUUCUAGUGGUACAAUUGGGCCGGAUACACUCAACAAUUGUCUCUACGACGCUACCGAUAGAGAAAAGGAGUCUACCGUGAAAUUACUUCUCGAGAAGUUUAAAGCAGACCCUAAUGCUACCGGCGUCGAAUAUGGCAAUGCCCUAACAGCUGCCGCUUACGAUGGUACCAUGGAGAUUAUCCAAAUGCUUCUUGAUGCCGGUGCCAAUGUCAAUGCACCAGAGGGUUGGGCCCUUCAAACAGCCGCUACCGAGGGCCAUUACGAUGUCGUUGUGGAGCUUCUAAAGCGUGGUGCCGACGUGAAUGCCUUCACUAACAACUCAUAUUUCGAGUCGGGUACUGCCAUUCAAGGAGCGUGUGAAGCAGGAAAGACGGAUAUUGUCUUCCUGCUUCUUGAACACAAUGCAGAUCCCAACCUUGGGGGAGGUCGUGAUGCACCGCCAAUCAUAGCAGCCGCCCUCCGCGCCGAAGAGGAUAUUCUUGAGCUUUUAGUCAAAGCGAAAGCUCAUUUAGAUGUGCAUGGUAGCGGAGGUUGCCCAUCAACACCGCUUAGCUUGGCUGCCGCCUAUAUGCCUCUAUCGUCGCUCCAGCUGUUACUUGACGCAGGUGCCGACAUCAAUCUCCCGGAUGAAGAUGGGGAUACCGCUCUUAUCGCAGCCGCAUCUAGAGGCGAUCAAGAAGCUGUUUCAUUCUUGAUAAAUAGCGGCGCUGACAUUAUGCACUCAAACGAAGAUGGUGAUAACGCCCUACAGAUGGCAUUGGCCACUGAUAAUGAGGAAUGCUUGAAAGUUCUUGUCGAUCGUGUUUCGGUAUUAUUAGGCGCUCUCAAAAAUGCUAUGGACUCUGGUAACAACGCAGUCACCAGCGUUGUACGGGGUGCGUUUAACAAGGAGCAAGAACUCAGCUAUGAUGACGAACCUCAAGUAACUCCAAAGAAUAUUGAGCCGCCUAAACCGUCGGUCGAUGAUGUCGCGGAUAGGCAACACGAGGAAAAGGUCGAAGAAGCCCCCGUUGAUUCAGAUGAAAAUGAUAUCAGAAGUUCUAUUUAUUCUAACGAAGCGCCAUUGCCCGACGACGAUCACGCAGCCGAAAAUGAUACCCAGGACGCAGGCACUUCUGACGAACAGUCUUCAUUUGACCAGAUUUCCGAACGGCUUAAAUCCGCUAUAGCCAAUCAGGCAGCGUUGUGGAACGAAUUCACCACCACCCGUUCUACAACACCUACAGAGGUUGGACAGUCCAUCUAUCAACCCAGUGGGCAAGGGGAUGUAGAAGCUUACCAGCCUAGCGUCCAAGCUGAGGAAAAUAUUCCUCAUCGCAUAGAAGUCGAGCAGGAACCCCAACGAGCGACUUCAGACCCGAUUAUGCCAGAUCCAUUGCCGAUCGAACUGCCUACCUACGAGUACCUCAAGAGGAAGCCAGCACAAACUGUCCCCUACGGUAAUCAAGCUACAUAUAGCCAAUCACACUACUCAGCGCCGUCUCAGUCAUCAGCCAGUCAAGUCCAGGCAUCUAUAGAGACUAGGACGUACGACCAAACCAUCACCGCAUACCGGCCUGAUCCAGCCGCCGCCUCUCAGCAGCCUCAUGAAAUCCCUCCGUAUCAGAACCCACAGAGUCAGGCUAUACAAUCCGAAUCGUCCGCACCUUAUCAGCAUACCCAUGCAUACACGCAAAGCCAGUCUGCUCAAAUAGCAGCACAAUAUCAGAGUUCGGCCCCGUAUCGGCCUGAUAAUUCACCAUAUAAUAACACAAAUCAAGUUGAUGCAACUCAGUCUCAACCACCAACAACCCAAUAUCCUGCCCAACAACCUACCUACGCUGCGUAUAAUCCAAGCACGCAUAGCCAGCCGCAGCAAGGAUCAGCGACGCAACAAUCCUACAAUCCAAGCAACCCAAUCCAGGCAUAUCAAGGACAGGCUUACCAGCCACCAGAUUGGCAACAACAGUAUCAGGGGUAUUACGGGAAUGCUCAAAACCAGCAGUACACCGGUAGUGCUUACGAGGGCUCCGAUUGGGAACAAGGUCGCCCGCAGCUCAAGCCGCAGCGGUCAUCUUUCUUUGGGAACGGGAUGAAGAAUACCCUCAACAAGACGAAGAUCAUGGGAAACGGUAUAUUUAACAGGAAGUGAAUGAUGGGUAUAAUAUUGUCUAUGGUUUGUAUAAUAGGUUAGCAGAUAUGAUUACGAGUUCCGUGACGGAAAAGGAGUGUACUAUUAGCCUUGAUGUUAGGAAGAACCCCCUAUAUAUGUUGGUCAUCUAUAAAAAUAUCUGAAGGGCUAAACAAUAUUAGCGAAUUUUCAACUCAUUACAGUAUCUA